AUGGAUCCUACAUCCUCUAAACCAGGCCGUUCUCUUGGUACCACACUGGAGGGUCCCUCUGGUGAAGCAGACGAUAUAAAUCUAACCAACAACUUCGAUUUUGCAGGCGCUGAGGUUGAGACGGCACAUGAAGUAUCUUCUGAUAGGCCUGCAGACUUGGAGACCAGUCCAUCCAAGCAGCGCACUCUUCCAGAUAAAUUGACGGGUACAUUAUAUGCUAACUGGAAAAAGCUCAUACCCACCCUCAUAGACCCGCAAUUGAAGUAUUAUGCGCGCACUCUUGGCCAAGCCCUGGAGACAACUCACAAUGUUAUCUCUAGAAGGACUAGUAUAUUGUGUCUGUUCUUUGAUAGUAAGCUAUUCCCUACCGCACCUUCACAACCUCGUAUGGCGGUCUCCAUCGAUCUAUUGUCUUUUUAUCGAGCAUUAUUUGAGCGCUCUUGCGACACCAUCAACGCUCUUGCAUCUGCACUCAAAACUCACUAUUCAUUGAAGGGUGACGUUGUGCAGGAACCCUUCCGUCGUGGUUUAGAUCAUGUGGCCGGUCUUCAAUCACCCCAACCACUCGCCUUAGCACAUGCAGAAUAUUCAGCUGCAAUUGGCUUACACCAUGGCCAAUGUGCAUCGCUCCUCAUCCAACAAUGUCCAGCAUGUUUCAGUGGCAUGCUGUUCGGAAGACCCGUUGACCAAGGUGGCGACAUACAUGUUGCUACUGACGGGAAUUUUCAUCAUCGCCACCGCCGAUCUGCCGGCGACUGUCCUCACUUUUAUGAGCCCACCUACUUCCUUCCUAAACAAAUUGAUACACAACGUAAGCAACCUGCGAAGGUACACACACCCCUUGUCCCUGAUGAGGCCAUCGACUUGUGUGAGAAUGCGUAUGAAGCUGCUGAUGGGAAGAAACAAAAGGCCGCGAUGGACAGCUUUGACGACACGGGAUUGAUGGCGCUGAUUUGCUGUCACGAUAUCCCCCUUUUUUUUGUUAAUAUUGAUUCCCCGGGCAAGCAGCAGAAGUAUCCGAUUGCGCUGAUCAAACAUUUGUUCACAUUGCUCCCUCCUCAAGCAACAGUCGUGACGCUCUAUGAUGUUGGAUGUGUUCUUGUGCGGACCCUUUCAAAUUUUGAGAUCCUCCCCAAGGAUAUCUUAUUACGUCUGCGCUUCGUGACCACAGCGAUGCAUGCCUAUGGUCACGAAUGGGCGUGUCAACUGGUGUAUAAUCCUCGAAUGUGCAUCGGGCUAGGGUUAUCUGACGGUGAGGGCACUGAGCGGCUGUGGUCGCGGCUUGUUCGCUUGAUAGGUGUUGAAAGGUCGUCAUCACGUCAGCGCCGUAUCUGGUUAAUUGACCGUCAAGCAACUGUGAUAGGAUCGGAAAUGAAAUCAGACCUGGGGGACUGGAUCAAACGCCGCCUCAAGCGGGGCAUCAAGGACCAGGGUUCUGCGGCGCUCGAUGUCAUCAACCGUUCCAAAACAUCUGUGGAGGACCUACAAGCUCAGUGGGCUGACCAGCAGCAAUUACAGGCCGAUCUGGAUGUCUUGGAUCGAGCUUUGCAGGCCACCAAGACUAUGCUGGAGAAGGAGGCAGCAUCGGAUGACACUCUCGAUGUCCUUGAGAGUCUACAGAGGGGCCAUGAUCGUCUCAUGAUGAAAGUCGAAGCAUUGUAUUCUUCACUUAACAUUAAUGAUAGAUUUCCCGAGCUCGACAGCGUCAAUCUUGACUUUGUUUGCGUCCUUCUCAUGGCAUGCGAUCUCAAGAUGAAUAUUCGAAAGCGUGCAAUCGCUAGUUUUUUUGAAUGGGACAAAUUGAAUUGUGCAGUAGGCGGAUCGCACCAAACAUUAGGGACGAAGCUUCACCAACAUACUCGAAAGGCUAUAGCCAAGCGUCAACCUGCGCUUAUGAUGGCAAUCCGAAAGUUCAAUUCUUACUAUGAACGAUUGGAGUCACUCUAUAAUCAUACUUGGAAUAUUCCGCUUCCUACCCCCCUUCCAACUAAAUUAGCUGAACUACGUGGUGACCAGACAUUAAUGCAGGAUGUCUGGGUCACGCCAUCAAUGGGAGAGGUGCCUCACUGGUUGGAAGACGCGGAUAUCAGGGAUGGAAUUCAUGCCCUUCUUAAACGUGACCGGUGCACAGAAGAGCGGUUACGCUUAGGUGAGGAGGCCAACAACUUGUACCGAUUCUUUGGAGAUGAGGUGACGGCGUUGGAGCUUUCAAUUGGAUUACCUGAAAAUGAGCACUUCCUUGUUCUGUUGCAACAGAGGCGCUUAAAUUUUCUCCGACUUCAGACACAAUGGUCCAACUUGCUCGUGUCUUCGCUUCAGUUUGUGAGCUGUGCACAGAAGGCGCUAGACCGUGCUCUAACGUAUUCUGGGGGUCCUCAAAGUACUAAUCUUCAUUUGGCAAAUGUGACGGUGCAGGAGCCUGCCUCUGAGGACAAGCUAGUGCUGCUGCCCGAGGCAGAUGACCUUCCAGAGGUCGAGCCCGAGCAAGCUGCGCUUGCCAAUAUCCUAGAGGGUGGUAGUGCUGGAGUGGAGUUCAAUGAGGAUCAAGACUUAGUAUCUAAUGUUUGUGCUGACAUAGUGUGGGAUUCCCCCGAGGGUCUCGUGGUUGACGAUUUCCGCCCCCCAUCUCAAGAUUCACAUGUUAUCAUGCCGGGACGCGUAGCUACAAGAACAACACCAUCAACUAGACAAUUUCCCUCGCUCCUCAAUGAUGUGUGUGUCAAUGGCUGCGCUGUCCUUCUGCAAAUGGACAUGCCCGAUCCGUCAGUAGUCUUCUCGACACACGACCUACCUCGCAUCCGCUAUAACGCAGCUGACGACAUGCUGUGGCGUAAUACAUCCUGGACAAAUUACUGGGCAAAAGAUGUCUGGGUCCUCCCAAUUCAUAGGCCAUCUAACAUCGGCCAAUGGGUGGUUUGCAUUAUCUACUUAUCCAGAAAAGAGCUUCAUCUAUUUGACAGUCUUGCUGAACGGAAGCCAUGGAAACAUGACGUCAAAGAUGUUAUGAAACUCAUUUGUCGUCUUCUGAUGGUGGCGCAUCAACGAGACCAGGAGGUUCAUAUUGAUAUGGAUGGUUGGGUAGCUUGCCCGUUGACUGUCAGACCUCUACAGACUAAUGGUUAUGAUUGCAGGGUAUGGAUUUUAGCAGCAAUUAUAGCUGUCCUACACGGACGACAGAUUACUGACCUGCGAUAUUAUCUACAUGCUCGCAUACUUUCUAUACCAGUAAUCUAG